CUCGAUUGUCAUGGCUGAGCUAGCGACAUACCAAUCCGAGCUCAUCGAGCACUCCAUGGCCGUAGGGGCUCUCAAGUUCGGCACUUUUACACUCAAAUCGGGCCGCGUCUCCCCGUACUUUUUCAAUGCAGGACUCCUCAGCUCAGGUCCCAUCUUGGCUUCUCUUUCCCGUGCAUACGCCCAAACUAUCUCUGCUGCUCAAGCCGCGUCCACCAUCCCUGAUUUCGAUGUCCUCUUCGGACCCGCAUACAAGGGCAUUCCAUUUGCGUCGACGACCGCGCUGAUGCUGCACACCGAGCACAACCAGUCUGUCGGCUUCGCGUACGAUCGUAAAGAGGUCAAGGAUCAUGGCGAGGGUGGGAAGAUGGUCGGAGUGUCUGUUGCUGGGAAGAAAGUCGUGAUCCUGGACGACGUCAUGACUUCCGGGAAAGCCGUCCGCGGAGCAAUCGAGACGGUCGUGGCACACGGUGGAGAGGUCGUGGGUGUCGUGCAAUGUCUCGAUCGCGAGGAGAUUGGUCAGGAAGGCACAGGCAGCACAGUGAAGGAGAUCGAGAGCCUCAUUGGUGAGGGCAGGGUCAGGUCGAUUCUUCGCAUGCGGGACCUCAUUUUGUGGCUGGAGAGUCAUGGUAUGGCCGAGGAGUUGGCUGCAAUGAAUGAGUAUUGGAACAAAUUUGGCCUCAAAGCCUAAUGCUAGAGGUCCAUCAGUGGUGCAUCAUGAAAACGGGGCCGCUAUCCAGAGGCUCCAUCCAAGUCCCUGUAACAACUAUUCCUAUUCUUAACCUAAAACCUUGUCCCUCUGGAGUCUGUAACUCUUAGCCUACACGCUGCGGUAUAUCUGGUAUCCACCUUUAUAGAACUUAGAACGGAAGUUGACUGAAAACUUGAAACGACAGCUCGACCCACUUCUCUGAAGCUGGGACGCAGAGGAGCAUGUGAGAAGGGCGACGCGACGCGCUGUGUCACGUGUGACCUCGAGAGACACGUCAUUCAAACCUCGCCCCCUUACCACCAUGAGUGAAGUCCUCGCCGAAAUUCGCAAGAUCCCUCCAGUGACCCGACUUCUAUGUAUCUCCAGCGUCUCUGUCUCCUUAUCUUCCAUGAUGGGCCUCGUCUCCCCCUACAAAGUCGUCUACACAUACAAAUAUGUGUUUAGAGACCUGCAGGUUUGGCGAUUGUACACUAGCUUCUUCCUUGGUGGCUCGGGUAUAAACUACAUCUUCGACCUUGUCAUGCUCUACCGUAGCGCUGACCAGCUGGAGUCGGGCCCUUACCAAGGCCGUUCCGCAGACUUGGCCUGGCAGCUUUUCGCAUCCUGUGUCGCCAUUAUCAUCACGUCGAUCCCAGUUAAAUCGCUCGUCUUCUUCCGUCCGCUGCUCCUCUGUUUGGCUUACGUGUCGUCGGCGCUGGCCCCAGUCGGCGCUCAAACAUCUAUCAUGGGACUCAUCUCCGUUCCCAUCACGUAUUUCCCCUACAUCUUUCUCGGGAUGGACCUACUUAUGGGCGGGCCGGGUGCCGUCGCCCAGUCCCUGCCGGGUGCCGUCGUAGGCCAUCUGUGGUGGUGGGGUGUCUGGGGCCCGAAUACCGGAGGAGAGGGUGGCAUUCUUGCCCAGUGGGGUGCGGCGCCGCGGUGGCUGCGGGAGUGGAUGGGACAGAGAGACACAAGCACCAGUGCAAGGACGGCUGCCGGGACAUCUCGUGCGAAUGCUGGGAGUGGAAUCCACAUCGUUCCGCCAAGACGACCGGCAGAGUCCGGGGCUUCGACCUCUACAUCUGGAUACAAUUGGGGCACCGGUCAAAAGCUUGGUUCCCAGUAG